AUGACUGCUGGUGAGAGCAACAGCCUUCAAGCUAAAGUGUCGAGACUGAAGAAAGAACAAUGCCUGCCACACCCAAGGAGAUCCACCCCCGGGGUGCCCGACUACAGCACCGUGCACGAGGCCGUCGGUGACCUGUUUCCUCCAGUGACUAACAAGUCUGACUGGUCCAAGUUCCGUUUGACAGAUGACCAGAUUGCCCAGUUCAACAAAGAUGGCUACCUUCUCAAUGUGCCGAUUCUCUCAGCAGAACAGUGCGACAGAAUACUGGAUGACUACAAGUACUUCACGAAUAAGGACGAAAAACACCCAGGGAUGGACUUGUUGUAUGAAUACCAUAGCAACCAAACUGGAGACCCUACACGGGUACUCAUGCACUGUCUGGGACACUGGCGGAUGACCAAGAUGUUCCAUGAUCUGACCUUCCUCCCCUCGGUGGUUGUACCUGCAUCUCAGCUGCUAGACCCAUCAGGGAAAGAGGUUCCGGUCCGAUUCUGGCACGAUCAGCUGUUUGCUAAACCCCCACAUCAUGGUGGGGUUGUUGCCUGGCACCAGGACUAUUCGUACUGGACCCGCACAAAACCCAUGAUGCAUUUAACGGUGCACAUAGCGCUGGAUGAACAGUUCGAACAGAACGGGGCUCUCAAGUACAUCCCAGGCUCACACAAAUGGACCAGGAAUGGCAACCCUCUCCCAGUGACGGACUUCAACUUCGCUGACAUGGAGUCCAUCCAGACAAUCCUGAACGACGAAGAGAAAGCAGCCUUUAAGCCAAUCACAGGCAACCUGAAGAAGGGCCAUGCCAGCUUCCAUCAUGCACUGGCCGUUCAUGGUUCCUAUGGCAACAAAUCCGAUGUGCCCCGCCGAGCUGCCGUGCUGAAUUACUUUGCUGACGGAGUCAGAUCGGACUCUGAUGAGGAAUUGCUCAAAGGAAUUUCUGUUCCAAAGGGUAACAAGAUGGAGGGCCAGUUCUUCCCUAUUGUCUACGACCCAGCCUGGGCCGUCUAACACCCCUGCCCUUCAUCCCCAUUUGACACCGACAGCGUUGGCGUCACCUACAUAAGGAAGCAGUCAUGCUGGAUAAUGCAUCAAGACAUGCCAAGUCAAUUAUUGCUUUUUUUAAAAUAAAAGAAUAGUGAAAAUAUGGCAGACAAUUUUGUUAUUUUACUGUCAUGUUUUUUUUAAAGCAUGAAAUGUCUUUUGGAUGAUGUGAAACCACUGGCUGUAAUCUUGAGGUGAUUACAUGUUAAUUAACUUUUUGUUCACCAGGUUGGUUGCAGGGUAAAUAAACUGUUUGCAACUGACUUGAGACUGUGAUUUGAAAGGAAUAAAAGGUUGAAUCUA